AACACUACGUCAUCGCAGACGUGAUCACGUGAUGACGAGUGUGCCUCUCAGCUGACCGCUGAGUUCCGGGUUGUGUGUCGGUGUUUAUCUCUGCGCUGCUUCUCAGUCGGUGCCAUGAACGCCUCAGACAGUGACGAGGAGUUCUACAACGAGAGGACGGCGUUGGUCCCGUCAGAGAAUCCAGUGGUGUCGUCGUACCAACCAGAUCCUGACGUCAGCGCCUCAGAUGAAGCGCCGACCAAUAGGCCCGGGGUCAGCAGGCGGAUGGGUCCAGCGGCCGUAGAAGGAUGUGGUGAUGGGGGAGGCUCAGAUCAGGAGGUGGAUGCAGACGACGAGGAGCUGACUCUGAAGUACGGCGCCAAGCACGUCAUCAUGCUGUUCAUCCCCGUCACCCUCUGCAUGGUGGUGGUGGUCGCCACCAUCAAGUCGGUCAGCUUCUACACGGAGAAGACGGACCAGCAGCUGAUCUACACGCCGUUCACAGAGAACACUGCGUCUGUCGGCCGCCGGCUCCUCAAUUCCGUUCUCAACACCAUCAUCAUGAUCAGCGUCAUCGUGGUCAUGACCAUCUUCCUGGUCGUCCUCUACAAGUAUCGCUGCUACAAGUUCAUCCACGGCUGGCUCAUCCUCUCCUCCCUCAUGCUGCUCUUCUGGUUCAGCUUCAUGUACCUCGGUGAAGUGUUUAAGACGUACAACCUGGCCGUGGACUACCCGACGGUGGGAGUGAUCAUCUGGAACUUCGGGGCCGUGGGGAUGAUCUGUAUCCACUGGAAGGGGCCGCUCCCGCUGCAGCAGGCCUACCUCAUCCUGAUCAGCGCCCUCAUGGCCCUCGUCUUCAUCAAAUACCUGCCGGAGUGGUCGGCCUGGGUCAUCCUGGGAGCCAUCUCUAUCUACGAUCUGGUGGCCGUCCUGUCUCCUAAAGGUCCUCUCAGGAUGCUGGUGGAGACGGCUCAGGAGCGCAACGAGCCCAUCUUCCCCGCCCUCAUCUACUCCUCUGCCAUGAUGUGGACAGUGGGGAUGGCGAGCCCGAUGGACGCUCAACGCUCCGACCACGAAUCAGAUGAGGAGGUGGGGCAUAGUGGCAGGGAGGUGGAGCCUGAGAGACGACAGUCCCGGACGUUUCCAGAAGACGACCUGGAGGAAGACAGGGGGGUGAAGCUUGGCCUCGGUGAUUUCAUCUUCUACAGCGUUCUGGUUGGAAAAGCUGCAGCGACCGGCGGCGACUGGAACACGACACUCGCCUGCUUCGUCGCCAUUCUCAUUGGUCUGUGUCUGACUCUGCUGCUGUUGGCCAUCUUUAAGAAAGCUCUGCCGGCGCUGCCCAUCUCCAUCACCUUCGGCCUCGUCUUCUACUUCUCCACCGACUUCCUGGUUCAGCCGUUCAUGGACAAUCUGGCCGCUCAUCAGUUCUACAUCUGAGACCAAGACCCGCCCCCCUCACCUCCCUCCUCCUCGUCACCCUGCGUCCGCCGCUCUUCGCUGACAAAACACUUCUUCCUGCACCGGCCGCCUGUCUCUCGAUGAACACAGGAAGUGAUGUAACAGGCAGAGGCAGCUCCUGGACGUCAGGCACAAACAUCAGUUGCUGAGUGGACGUGUAAAGGUCCGCCUUAAAUCCUUCAUCUGACCUUGUAUGUUUGGAGUCAGCUGAUUGGCUGACGCUCCUGUCAAUCACAGUCAAACAUUCCUGUUGCGUCAGUUUUACCAUUAAAUCAGACGCUGCGUUUUAAUGUUCGACUGCAUUUAAGGUGAAUUUUUCUUCAACAGACUCAAAAUGAUUUUUACUGUUUUAUGAGAAAAGUGUUUAAUAAAUAAAAAACUGGUUUCAAAUCAUCAAACCUAACCUUCUAUGUUAACAGACGUGACUCUGAUCAGCCCAGUUUCAAAUAUUAUAAAUAAAUUCAUCAUUUAAUAUUUCAAAACAUUAA